AUGGCAGACCUCAGCUCUCUUCUUCAAAGUGCUACCAUCCCGACUUUGCGAUCAUAUAUGCUCGAGCACUUUCCGUGCGUCGUUGUCCGAGAUGGCAUGAAAUUACAGGAAUUGAAAAGAUUAGCUAAGAAAUGGGAUAAGCUUGCUCAAGAUUCUCCAGCGUUCAGGAAACGUCCAUCGGAUUCCACAAUCACAAGCAAUCCAGGUACAUCUGAUUGCAAAUCGGCUGGCACCUCAGUCAAUGCGGAUACGACUCAGCCAACUUUGAAGAAGCAAAAAUUGACUGCUCCACGAAAAACUCCACGCCGCAGCGAAAAAACUCCAGCCCGACCACAAACUAGUCCUCGAGUUGCAAAACCGGUUUCACUAGCACCUCGGCGAAGAUCUCAAACUUCAAGUAGGGCAAUUUUGUUUCCUUAUAAUCUGUACAUUUUCUUUCAACCUACCAACCCUGUAGAAAUCGCUCAACCAACUGUUUCCCAGCCUGUUGACAUUGUAAUUGAAGAGAUACGCGAGCGAAGUCAGAUGGACCGAAACUCAAAGCCUCGAAAAAAAUCGAAAAAAAUGGUGACAUACAGUAGCUCGCUGACCUCACUUUCCGAUGACGAGGACCGUCUCGAAUCGCGUGUGGCGAACAGCCAGCCCAAACAACCUAUCAUCAAACCCGACACAUCUAAUACGACUUUAGUAGACAUAGACGAGCUCGAAGAUCUCCUUUUCAACCCUGCGUAUAACCUACCUACCGUCGCAUGCAACCAAUCUAGCCCUUGUAAAGGUUUCCCUGAAAAACUUAUUGAUGCACCUGAUUUUGUGCCCGAAGAGAUAAAUCUCAUGCACUUUGAUGAGGAUCAUCUCCAGGAUCAGGACGAAAAAGGUGUUAAUCAUCAAGUCCAUUUAUCAUCAAGUCAAGCGUAUUCAUGCAAGAAUGACUGUCAUGAGGAGAUAAGGCUUUUGAAGGCACGGAUCCAGAAAUUGGAGGAUAUAGCAUUCCCAAAAUCCCAACUCGUUGCCAGCUGUGGCCCUAUUCUCUCAAAACUAUCCUAG